AUGGCGUCGUUCGAAAACACUUGGAAUCUUGGAUUGCUUCUACUCUUGGCGGUUUUGAGUGGUGAUUUAUUGGUCGCUGAGAGGAUACGCAGGAAUCCCGAGGACUUCCGGUACACAGAGGACGUUGAAGCUGCCGCCAGUGAGCAUGAAGGUGGAAGCAAGCAUGAGGAGAAGGGCGGCGGUACUGAGUACCAGGAGGACCAUCGAGCCGCGGACGGUGUAAAGGACGACAAGGGUUACAAGGUUUUCCACGAGUUCGACAAGGGCGAAAAGGGCCAUCACGACAAAGAGAAUCACAAGCGACAAUACGCCGAGAAGGAGGGCGAGGAGGAGAAGAAACACGUGGAAGUCGAUCAUUACGAUGAAAGUCACCGCGGCGAGGAGGGCGAGAAAGCCGCGAAAUUCGACGAGGAAGGGAAACACCAGAAAGGAUACAGCACCAAGGGGGAACACAGCAUCUCCAAAAAGGAUGAGUAUGAGAAAAAACACGACUUCUAUGAUGAGUACCACGAGGACGGGGAGAACGAGAAGCAUGGCGGUUACCAUCACGAGCACGAGGGCAAGAAAGGUGGCCACGAGAAGAAGGGACAUACCGAUUCUGCUGGUAACGAGCAUCAUCAUGGGAAGAAGAAGAAACACGAGGAGGGCCAUCAUCAUCGCAAUCAGAAGGGUCGGAAAUUCAAGGAGGGCCACGAUAGUCAUCAUCGGCAUAACAAGAAGUAUGGCAAAAAGGGUGGCCAUGAGUCGGGCAAAAAAUGGUUUGCCAGCAAUGGUCAUUGA